AUGUUGGCAGUAGCUGUCGCGCUUUCCGGCUUCACUAUUCAUACUGCUGGUGCGAAUGCGAACGAUUGUGAAAUGAUAUACAACGGAGUGAAAGUUGAUGGAGGAGCAGGCGCAGGUCUAGUUGUGAAAGCUGGAGGUGGUGUAAGCGCUGGUGUUGGUGCAGAUGCCGGGCUCGGUGUUACUACUGGUCUUGGUGUCAAAGCUGAUCUUAAUGUCAAAGCUGGUCUUGCUGGGGGCGCCGGACUUGGUGUGAAAACUGAUGUAAAUGUAGGUGCGGAUGUUGGUGUUAAAGUCAGUGGUGGCGUUGAUGCUGGUCUCGGUGUGAAAGCCGGUCUUGGUGGAGGUGCCGGUAUUGGUGUCAGUACUGGUCUUGGUGUCAAAACUGGUCUUGGUGUAGACGCUGGCCUUGACUUGAACGGCGGUCUUGGUGGAGGCGUUGCUGUAGGUGUGAAUACUGGUCUCGGCUUCAAAGGCGGCGUCGGAGUAGGCGCUGGUCUCGGCUUGAAAGGCGGGGUCGGAGCUGGUGUUGGUGUUGCUGUUGGAGCUGGUGUUGGUGGAGACGCUGGCCUCAGUUUGAAAGCCGGUCUUGGUGGAGGCGUCGGUGUAGGCGUAAAUACUGGUCUCGGCUUGAAUGGAGGGGUCGGAGUAGGCGCUGGUCUUGUAUUGAAGUCUGGUGUUGGUUACGGAGCUGGUGUUGGUGUUGGAGCUGGUGUCGGUGGAGACGCUGGCCUCGGUUUGAAAGUCGGUCUUGGUGGAGGCGUCGGUCUAGGUGUAAAUACUGGUCUCGGCUUGAAAGGCGGGGUCGGAGUAGACGCUGGUCUUGGAUUGAAGUCUGGUGUUGGUGUCGGAGCUGGUGUUGGUGGAGACGUUGGCCUCGGUUUGAAAGCCGGUCUUGGUGGAGGCGUCGUCGAUUGGCUGUGA